AUGGCCAAGCCAACUUCUUUGUUUGUUUUCCCCAUCAUGUUCCGUGUGAUAUUAUCUUUAGUUGAAUAUAAUAUGGGAUGCAUGACAGUUAUUGGCACGUGUCGUUAUAUUCCCGAUUGUAGUUCGGCGUGCAAGGUUAGAUUUGGAGAGAAGGCUUUUGGUUACUGUGACCGCGAUGGUGAUUAUGGAAGAUGUCUCUGCUAUUUUCCUUGUCCGAGUGAAAAGAAUAAUUAA